UUAACAAUAAUAGGCUUUAUUGCUUAUUUUUUACUACACAUUCUGCAGUUGCGAAAUUUAAACAGUAUCCUAAAGUUUUAUUAAUGAAUGCUACAUACAAAACAAAUCACUUUGGUAUGCCAUUUUUACUUAUUAGUGGUAUUGAUGCCAUGGGUAUUACUUUUCUUAUUGCAAGUAGACUUCUUACUAAUGAAACCAUACCAAGCUAUUGUUGGAUAUUUCAGCAAUUAAAACAAUUAAUUGGUGAUACAACUUUUUAUAAUAUUCAAACACUUUUAACUGAUAGGAAGCAUGCACUAAUUUCUGCA